AUGCUUAAGAUGUGAUACCGCGUAUCUGCAAUUUUUGACAAAAUGAGUUUUAUUGCUUAUUGCAUGUAAAAAAUACUCUGUCAUAUUGUGGUGAAAGCGCUAAUUUGACCUAUACAGUUUGAAUGAGUAACGUGAUUAGUAGUGACAUCUGGUAUAGGUAAGCUGAAUAUAUUUUAAUGUGACAGCGCGUAUCUGAAAUCUGAAUUAGUUGACAUAGUAACGUGCUGUGGUAACAUUGUGUUGAUAAAGAUUAAAAUGAGUACCUCUAGAGGUCGUCAAAUGGUAACAAAUGCAAGAAAUGACGUAAUAGUUCACGUUUUAAACAAUAAUAUCAAGGACACCAUUAAGUGUGCCAUAAAAACAAACAAUGAAGAAGCCACAGUAUUGGAAAAUACCGAUGCGGAUGAGCUGGGACCUACAUUAUUAUCUUUGGAACAAGAGGUUGCCGCAGCCAAUCUGCUUUUAUUGGGGGAGUCUGCAGUAACAAACGAAACGUUUUCGACAGACAUAAACAAUGUUACUGAUGGAUUGCCAAAGGAAUCUGAUUUUGAAAAAGUGAGUAACUGGCUAAGGAAUAUUGACAAUGAACGUUUAGAUUGUGACGUAAUAUUAGAAACGGUUUCCAAUGAAAUUUCGACAAAUGAGCUCUCCAGGGACAAAACACAUCUAGAAGAAUUAAGAAAUGACGUUGCACUAAACCACCAAGGUAUUUUAAAUGAAGUGAUGUCGAGCUCAUCGUCUGUAAUUGCUGAUCAGAUUGAUGAAUCGUGGUUGCCAGAAAACGAAAAUAAGUCAGAUUACUCAACUAGUUCGGAAGAAGGCAAACAACAAGAAGGGGAAGAUUUAGAUUGUGACGCAAUAUUAGAAACGGUUUCCAAUGAAAUUUCGACAAAUGAGCUCUCCAGGGACAAAACACAUCUAGAAGAAUUAAGAAAUGACGUUGCACUAAACCACGAAGGUAUUUUAAAUGAAGUGAUGUCGAGCUCAUCGUCUGUAAUUGCUGAUCAGAUUGAUGAAUCGUGGUUGCCAGAAAACGAAAAUAAGUCAGAUUACUCAACUAGUUCGGAAGAAGGCAAACAACAAGAAGGGGAAGAACCAGUAGCAAGAGCCGAUAAUGACGGUAACAACGAAAAUAAAAAAGCUCGAAAAAGAAUAGCAGAUAUCAACGAAUGGCACGAUAUUAAAAAUAAAAGACUAAGACAACACGGAAAAAAAUAUAUUGGCUGGACAAGGGUUGGAAAGACAGCGAAAAGAGGAACACCUAGAAAUGAAAAACAAAUGGGACCAGUCUGCUUAUCCUCCGUAUGUAAAAAAUCCCCAGUAAGGCAGUGUCAAGAUUUAAAUGAAGAGGACCGAAAAGAACUUUUCAACAACUUUUGGAACAAUCUCACAUGGGACCAGAAAAAAAUCUAUAUCGCUUCUCUGGUUUGCAAAAAAGAAAAAAACAGAAAUACAAAGAAAGAGACUGAAGAAUCAAGGAGGAAAAAUACAUUAACCUACACACUUAAAACAUUAGAUGGCAAGAUUUUGACUGUUUGCAAAAAGUUAUUUUUGUCAACGUUUGCUCUUACAGAACAUUAUGUAUUUAACUGUUUGACAUCAGAAACAAAGCAUGGAAUGAUAGCAGCAACAGAGGUAAAUAAUGAGAGAAGAAGAGAGAAGAGAAAAAUAGCAGAGAUCCAAAAAGAAACUCAAUGCAAUAAGUCCAGUAACAGCGCCAAAGAUGUAUUGCGUAAUUUUUUAGAUUCUCUUCCGAAACUCCCUGCUCACUAUUGUCGCAAAUCUACAAGUAAAUUAUAUAUUGAGCCUAUUUUUGGAGACAAUAUGAGCAAAGUAUACCAGGAAUAUUCCAGAAUGUGCCGUGAACAAAAUAAGGAAUUGAAACCAGUUUCAAGAUACACUUUUGAUUUAAUGGUAAAAGAAAAACAUAUUUCCUUCCACAUACCAAAAAAAGAUCGUUGUGAUACAUGCUGCAGUUAUGAAACAAAUAAUCUAGAUGAGAAUGUCUAUAAGAAGCACAUUAACAACAAAGAAAAAGCAAGGCAAGAAAAGGAGAACGACAAACAGGCAGGGCAUGUAAAACAAUGCAUUGUCCUAACACAAGAUCUUCAGGCAGUAAAAGUAUGUCCCAUGUUAAAUGCAUCGGCUUUAUACUAUAAAACAAAACUUUGCUGUCACAACUUUACCAUAUUUAAUGUUAAUACUCAUCAUGUAAGAUGCUACUGGUUUACAGAAACAGAAGCUGACCUAUCCGCCAAUACCUUUGAAACUUGUAUCACUGAUUACUUGUUAGACCUCUGUCCUGUAAAUAUUCCUAUUAUUAUUUGGAGCGAUGGUUGCACCUAUCAGAAUAGGAAUGCUACAUUGUCAAAUGCGCUUCUAUCUUUUAGUGUCGAAAACAAUGUUAUUAUCUACCAAAAGUAUCUUGAGCGUGGCCACACACAAAUGGAGGCCGAUUCCGUUCACGCUCAAAUAGAAAAGACAGUAAAAUAUAAGUCUAUUUAUCUUCCAAGUGAUUAUAUCAGACUCACAAAGGAGUCGAGGAAACAAACACCAUACCAGACAAAAGAGGUCACUUAUGACUUUAUCAAAAUUUUUUCCGAAACUUUAGUAUACCCUUCCAUUAGACCAGGUCGAAAAGUGAACGAUCCAACCGUAACUGAUAUUAAAGUCAUCAAGUAUACGCCUGAUGGAAUCAUCCAAGUAAAAUUAGAUUAUUGUGGUGAGUUUAUAGAUCUACCUACAAGAAAACCUAGAAGUGCAAAAACCAAUGUUUCACAACUAGGCCAGUUUAAACCAUUACGUAACGCUCCUAUCAAAAUAACCAACACAAAAUAUAAUCACUUACAGCAACUUAAAAGUGUAAUUCCUAAAGACUGCCAUGGUUUCUACGACACCUUGCCUCACGAGAGUAAACAGAAGAAUUAACAACGUAUUUGUUGUUUUAUUGAUUUUAGUGUUUUCUGCAUUUUUUAAAUAAAUAUUUUAAGUCAAUAAAUUUCUUUCUCCCACACAAAUAACAAAUUGCAAUAUUUACAUUUGGUAGUGAUUACACGUAAUCCUCCUCUAACCAACAAUUAAACAAUAGUGAUUCUACGUAUCUGCAGCUUUUUGUUAAUGAGAUUAUAUUAAAAGAAAUGAUAUACAAAAUAUUAAAAGAAAUGAUAUAUGAUGAUAAAAAA